AUGCUGAAGAUACUUUCUCUUAUUUUAUUAACAGGAUACAUAAGUCAAGGUUCAAUAUUUUUCAUUGUAUUUUAAUCCUUUUUUUUUUGAACAUUUACAGCUGAUUCUGUGAAUUGUCAUUUGCCAAAAGAUACUGGAAAUAACUGUGACAGCAGUCCAAUUACAUUGAAAUUCUAUUUUGAUCGUCAUACAAGUAAGUUUUGAUCGAAAAAUGCUAAAAACGUUGAAAACAAAAAAAAUAAAUCUUCUCCCGGAGGAAAACACAACGCUUCCUUUUGGUUUCUUCGUCCACGGCCACGGCCACGAACUAAUUCAUUUUUUCCCAGAUGUUUGUCAACCACUGUUCUACCGCGGUUGCUCCGGAAAUGAGAAUCGUUUCAAUUCACGAGACGAAUGUAAUAAAGCAUGUGUUCCAAGUAUGAUGCAAAAACCAAAAAAAGCGGAUGUAAAGAAAACCGAGGAAAAAAACGAAGAAGAAAUUUCAGAUGAAGAUGAAGAGGACGAAAAUGAGAAUGAUUCUGGAAAAGAUAUGACUCUUGUUGGUAAAUGAAAUUAGGGAACCAUGAUUCAUUUUUCUUGGUUUUUUUUUCAAUUUUUUAAAAACCUUCAAAAUUUGUUGGGAAAUGUUUAUCCGGAGAUUCUAAAAUUUUGAAACUUAUUUUCAGUAAAUCAGUGCAAACUUUUAACCGACGCAAAAAUCUUCGACAAAGCCAAAACCUGUGACAAAGGAUGUGGAGUUGGCUGGAAAUGCAACAAAAAUAAUUAUUGUUGUCCAUACAAAGAUGUAGUUUGUAAUAUGCCAGCUUCAUCAGGAUCAGAAAGUAUUGCAUUCAAACAUUAUGGAAGAUAUGCCUAUCAACCAGGACUCAAAAAUUGUAUUCGAUUCUCAUAUUUUGGUGUUGGUGGAAAUUUCAACAACUUUCUCACUUAUAAUGAUUGUAAAAAAUAUUGUAUGAAAUAA